CGCCGGGCUCAAUUCUUUUGGCGCGAGAAGUAGAAGGAGACGGGAGUGAGAAAUCCAGCGCGAGCCUCUCAGUCAGUCACUUUCUCAUCCUCUGCAGCAGAUAACGCGAUCGGCAGUGUUAUUAUUAUUGUUAUUAUUAUUAUUUCUCGUUAAGUUUUAAAGUUACACCCCGUGCAAAGAUGUUCGAGGCUCGGCUGGUGCAGGGUUCGAUCCUGAAGAAGGUUUUGGAGGCGCUGAAGGACCUCAUCACGGAGGCUUGCUGGGACAUCAGCUCCAGCGGCAUCUCUCUGCAGAGCAUGGACUCGUCUCACGUCUCGCUGGUGCAGCUCACGCUCCGCAGCGACGGCUUCGACUCGUACCGCUGCGACCGCAACCUGGCCAUGGGGGUCAAUCUGAGCAGCAUGUCCAAGAUCCUGAAGUGCGCAGGCAAUGAAGACAUCAUCACUCUGCGCGCGGAGGACAACGCGGACACACUGGCGCUGGUGUUUGAGACGAUCAACCAGGAGAAAGUGUCCGACUACGAGAUGAAACUGAUGGACCUGGAUGUGGAGCAGCUUGGAAUCCCAGAGCAGGAAUACAGCUGCGUGGUGAAGAUGCCCUCUGGGGAGUUUGCGCGGAUCUGCCGGGACCUGUCCCAGAUCGGAGACGCCGUCAUGAUCUCCUGCGCCAAGGAUGGGGUCAAGUUCUCCGCCAGCGGGGAGCUGGGCACGGGCAACGUGAAGCUGUCCCAGACCAGCAACGUGGACAAAGAGGAGGAGGCUGUGACGAUCGAGAUGAACGAGCCGGUCCAGCUCAUCUUCGCGCUCAACUACCUGAACUUCUUCACCAAGGCCACGCCUCUGUCCAAGACUGUCAUCCUGAGCAUGUCCCCUGACGUACCCCUGGUGGUGGAAUACAAGAUCGCAGACAUGGGACAUGUGAAAUACUACCUUGCCCCAAAAAUCGACGAGGAGGCGUCAUAACCCGGCUCUCGCAGCAGUGUGUGCUCUGGUUACCUCUGUGUGACCCAACAGCAUUGAAAGGAGUCUCUUGUACAUUCAUCCCCCCCCCCCCCCCAGUAUGCCUCAGUAUUUCCUUACCCAGUAUGCCUCAGUAUAUCCACUAUGAGAAUUGCACUCUUCCUGUUUUCUAUGGCGUGGGCAUGUUGAACAUAGUGGGGGUGGGGGGGAAAUAUAUAGGCUUUUCAGUCCAUCCCAGUUCUUUUGUGAAACCAGUUGCUAACCAGUCAGUCUCAAAAAAGUGCAAACACAGUGAGUGGUCUUUGUGAAUGAAUUGUUUUUAGAAUCCAGUGUUCUACACAAAUGCUCAGAUGAGUGUUUGCUACCAUUUUAAAGGCACUUAAACUGUAUGUCACUGAUCCUGGAUUCCCCUGCCUAGAUUAACAUUGGAUAGUCCCAGAUUAUCGGGGUCUGAAACCAGCUGGUGGUGUUACCAUGUAGAGCAGGUGGGACCACUUUAACUGAAGCAAUAUUAGCUGGUCCACAGAUAUUAGUGAAAUCAGGCAUUUGAGAUCUACAGGGGAGGACAAUGUACGUGUGAUGAUUUUAUAAAUUGAGAUUAUUCAAGAAACGUUUGCUGGACUUGCAUACAAGCAGCUAUUCAUUCAUUUUGCUCCUGCAUCUCAGUACACAAUGCAUUUCACCCCUAGCUUUCCCAGUGUACAGGGUCCCUGACACUGACUCCUCAGCUGUCUGCUUUCGACAGCACUUCUGAAGAUGUUUCUUGUGGGUGCUUUAGUCCCAGCUUGUAGAUAAUUUUUUUUUUUUUUCUGUAAAUAUGUUUUCCAAUUUUGUUAUGCAGGAUAUAAAUUUCUCCUUUUUUUUGUUUUGUAUUUUCAA